UCCAUAUGAGAACUAUUUGCAGCAGAUCAAAAGAUUGGUCAGGACUGGCCAAAAUCCAUUAGCGCAGGUGUCCAAACGCCUGGUCGAAAUUGAACAUGCCCAGGGGAAUUCCACUGCACAGCCUAAAGCAAAGCCCCAAAUGUACAUUUCAUCAAAAAGAAGAGACAGCUGUUUCCUUCUGGAAGAUGAGAGCUUUGCUUUUGUUCAAGAGAGGAGGGGAGAUGGUACAGUUGUUUGCGAUGUGGUAAAACAGAGACACACUGUCGACCUGUUUGACAAACCAUGUCCGUCAAACCUCUUGAACAUUGCUUACAUAGGGAAUGGCCGUAGACUUAGAAGAAAAGAAGUCAAGGAAAAAGACCUUGGUCGAAAAGUAGCCUGCCUUCCUUUCAACAAUGGCUCUGUCAUGAUUCCUCUGCUGCAUGGCAUUGAACAUUCAUGAUGAAGAUUGGCAAGACAUUAAGUUAUGCUUUUCGUCAGGGCCGUUUGGAAUGAAAAUGGGAAGGAAAUGGAGGGGACCAUCCCUGAUGCCUGGGUUAAUGUAGCUGAGAAAACCCUUCGAUGGCCAAAGACGAGGGCAAAAUAUUGUUUUGACAACCAUGUGGCUCCUAAGGAGGACUGGGAAACUUUCCCAUUGUUGAAAGUAAAAAUUACCUCAGAAAGUUUCCAUGAGUGUGAAGACUACGAUCAAACCAGCCAUGCUGAACUAUGUGAAGAAGAUGAAGACGAAGAGGUUGUAGUCAAAAAAAGGAUGAAAAAAACAAAACAGUUUGACGAUUUUGUUGAAGGAUCUGACCUGUCUGAGGCGACUGCUGAGGAGGAUGAUAAAGAAAAGCGGAAAGGAGAUUCCAGUCCAAUAAUUCCAGUAUUUCCCACCCCACCAAUCAAGUUAAAGAAUGUGGGCGUCGACAGAUCAAAUAGUGGUUCACCCAGGUCUGCGGGCCGUGACAGGUCAACUGGUCGUUCACCCAGGUCUGCGGGCCGUGACAGGUCAACUAGUCGUUCACCCAGGUCUGCAGGCCGUGACAGGACAACUAGUCGUACAGCCAGGUCUGCGGGCCGUGACAGGACAACUAGUCGCACACCCAGGUCUUUGGACCGCGACAGGUCAACUAGUGUUUUGGGUUCCACAGAUUCGUCCAGGUCCAGGUCCAGGUCUGUGGGCCGGGACAGUUCAAUUAGUUGUUCAUCCAGGUCUGUGGGCUGGGACAAUUCAAGCAGUCGUGUACACAGGUCCCAGGCUGUGGAAGGUCUUUCACAUGAAAUGUCCAGUUAUAAUAGGGAUGUGCCAACCACAUUCCCCCUGUCAGAAGCGAAAUUCCAAAAAAUAGUGCUGACAAAGCUGGUGACUCUCACUGAUGAGGUCAAACAACUCCAGAGGAGCAUGCCUAAAUCUAGCAUUGAGAUCAUAAAGAUUAACACCUUGGAAGAGUUCGAGAGGGAGGAGGCUUCUCUUCUGGAUAAAAACAAAUUUGAAACCUUGGUUUGUCAGCUGGCAAGAGUGGGUGGGAAAGAUGUAAAGGACUGCACGCACAAAGUGAUGGACAGGCUCUUCACCAACAACCUAAUGACACUGUUUAAUUUGAAAGGGAAGGGAAAAAAAGAUAAAAUUGGGCUCGAAGACAAGAAAUUGUUUUCAGCAAUAAAAGCUGCUGUCAUGAAAUGGGACGCAGCUGCCACAGAGGCCCAAAUAAAGUCGGCGGCAUCGGACCACCUAAAACAUGCCCCUGGGAGAGUAGGGGGUGGUGGUUAUAAAUAAAUAAAUAUACUGUGCUAAUAUUACAAAAUUUUAUAGCACUUUUAUUUUACUUUACUGUUCUGACUUUUAAGUUUUAUUAUGUUAUUGUGUUAAUUUAUACUUGCUGUUCUUGUUUUAAGUAUUAGUGUGUUGUUGGUUUAAUUUAAACUGCUG